UAUUGGUGACUCCAUAGCAGUUUAUGAGCCUUUUGACAUUAUUACCAUACCAUGGAUAAAUUGUCAAGGUGAAUAAGGCAGGUCUAUUGAUGCAAUGAUGAUGCUUUCAUCGUUAGAACAAGGACACACUCAGUUUUCAGACUUGGUUUCCCAAAAAGAUUUACAUAAAAAAUUAUACUUGGUUUGAGAGAUGGAAUGCUAGAAGUAAAAGAAUGGUGAUUUUUAAUUAAUAAAAACCAAGCCACAUUUUCGGAAAGGUUUGCACAUACAAAGUUGUUUUAUCUUAUGGGAGACAUAUCCUGAAGACUUUGCAUGCUUCACAACAUACAUCAUUCCCCUUUAGCUGCCGUCUUGCAUCUCCACAUGUGUGUGCCUAAUCUCAGCUGGUCCACCCGGGACCCUCUGAGCACCAACCCUAGUUCUCUGCAUGGCCCCUUAUCUGCUCUGAUAGGAUGAAAGAAACAAUCAUGAAUCAGAAAAAACUUGUCAAACUGCAGGCACAAGUGUGCAUUGGUGGGAAAGGAACUGUUCGUAGAAGGAAGAAGGUGGUUCAUAGAACAGCCACAGCAGAUGAUAAAAAACUUCAGUUCUCCUUAAAGAAGUUAGGGGUAAACAAUAUCUUUGGUAUUGAAGAGGUGCAUAUGUUUACAAACCAAGGAACAGUGAUCCACUUUAACAACCCUAAAGUUCAGGCAUCUCUGGGAGCAAACACUUUCACCAUUACAGGCCAUGCCGAGACAAAGCAGCUGACAGAAAUGCUACCCAACAUCUUAAACCAGCUUGGUGUAGACAGUCUGAACAGUUUAAGCAGACUGGCUGAAGCUUUGCCCAAACAAUCCGUGGAUGGAAAAGCACCACUUGCUACUGGGGAGGAUGAUGAUGAUGAAGUUCCUGAUCUUGUGGAGAAUUUUGAUGAGGCUUCCAAGAAUGAGGCAAACUGAAUUGAGUCAACUUCUGAAGAUAAAACUUGAAGAAGUUACUGGGAGCUGCUAUUUUAUAUUAUGACUACUUUUUAAGAAUUUUUGUUUAUGGAUCUGAUAAAAUCUAGAUCUCUAAUAUUUUUAAGCCCAAGCCCUUUGGACACUGCAGCUCUUUUCAGGUUUUGCUUAUACACAAUUCAUUCUUUGCAGCUAAUUAAGCUGAAGAAGCCUGAGAAUAAACUUUGAAACAAAGGUUAAUAAAGUUCUUUGCCUAGUAAAGCAAAACAAAACAAAACAACAAAAAGCUUAUAUCA